GCGACCUAACCUAACCUGAGGUCACCUAACCUAAACUUGAAGGCAUAAAAUUCAAGGAUCGCGGACCGGUGUCAGGAUGUAUCGCGCGAAUACUCGUGGAGCGUCCGAUUUCUAGCAAAAUGGCCAACCGCAGAGGGUUAACGCGGAGCGGAAUUCCUGUCUCGAUCAAGAAAGGAUGAAUCAAAUGCCGAUGACGAUCUCCGAGCAGUUCAGACAGUCCUGGCUGACGGCCAUCAUCGGAUCCAUCAUGUUCGCCACCGGGAUGUGCCUUCUAUUCUGGAACGAGGGAAGAGCCGUAAAGGUAGCACAUUCUCUGGACGAGGCUCUGCGCAAUGUAGCUGUGCUUCCGAAUUCAAUGGUGGUGUCACCCGAGUACGAGGGCCGCUUAAUACAUCUGUCAGGACCUUUGACGGUCUUUGAACCACUAACUGAGCCAGAUUAUGGAAUUGUUAUGUCCAGCGUAAAGUUGAAAAGGAGGGUUCAGAUGUACCAGUGGGUUGAAAUUGAAGAGGAACAAAGUUUUGGUGGAAUAACGGAGGAUAAUAAGCAUUACUACUACACAACAGAGUGGAAGGACAAGCUUGUGGACUCGGAUCAUUUCUAUAUUCGUACAGGUCAUCAUAAUCCAAAGGAAAUUCCGAUCAAGAGCCAAGUGCAGAUCGCGGACGAAGUGAGAAUUGGCGCGUAUGCGCUCAGCACGGAAUUGAAGAAGAAAUUUAGUGAUUUUGUGGAGAUUACCAGUGAUGAGAGGCCAGAGCGGAAGGAUAUUAAGAUGCACUCCGGAUUGUAUUAUCAUAGUGCAGAUUUGUGGAAUCCACAAGUGGGAGAUAUCAGAAUACAAUUUUCUUAUGCAGGAAAGAAUGGUGAUGUAUACUCGGUCGUCGGUGUGCUAGAGAAAGACACUAUUAAGCCAUAUUAUACGUCUCACGGUGAAGAGAUCUUGCUUCAACGAAAGCACAAAAUGUCAAUAGAUCAGAUGUUCCAUUUGGAGCACGUGAACAAUUACUGGCGAACGUGGACUAUUAGAGGACUUGGUUGGUUGGUCCUAUUUGUGGCAGCCACAUGCUUAGCAAAUAUAUUAAAGACCAUUAUAUUAAAUUCGACCUUCCUUUGUGGUAUAAUAGCAGUCGAGUCCCUAACUAUGUCAGUUUCCAUGUCCAUCAGUUUGCUUGUGAUCGGCUUUGCUUGGGUGUGGUAUCGACCGAUAAUUGGUCUCUGCUUAGCACUAGCAUCCGUUUUGCCAUUUAUUUAUUCGACAAUGACGUCAGGAUCUUCCUCUCAGCAACGUGAUAAUUAUAGAAGGUUAUAAAAUAUAUUAUUUUAUAAAUUU